AUGCUUUCGUGGCUCUUUUGCACGUCCCUGCGACCUUUUGGUCAUCGAGGUCAUUUUUCCUGGCUCGUGUACGAAGGUGCGUUUAGUGUCGCUGUUCGUUAUCGACCGGACGCUGGAAGGACGCAACGUCGACCCGACCAAAGCACGGUCAUUGAGCAACGUAAAAGUCUGGACCGAGUGAAAGAAGAGCUCGAGUGA